AACCUACUAGAACCUACUCGUUGUCCAUUUGAUCUUAUUUGCAUCAUGGCUGACUCUGAAGAUCAGAAGCUAAACGCUCAUUUCAAGGAAGAUAUGUGCUCAAUUAUUUCGCUAUUGUUUCUAUGCCCACCUGAAGUUCGCCAGAUGGCCCGCUCGUGGAUGACAACGUUCUACAAUAUGGGAGGCAACAUUUUGGACAAACAGAUGCGCAACCGCUAUACAGCGUACAUGCUGAUGCAACUAGAGCUGAACCGCACGUUGAGUAAACCCUUUGACGAACCAGCUCCGGAUCAUAUUCAUUUACCGUUGGUAAAAAUCAUUGAUGCCGAUACUUAUAUUCAGUUCUUUGAGCGAUGUGAAAAAUACUACCUAACCAAGAAGGGAUCCUCGGGGGAUCAAGAAAUGGAAGACAUCUGCAUGAAGCCGAGUGAUUUCCUCUACAGGCUACCGCCCAUCCAAUCGGGAGUGGUCGUGUAUGGCGCCUGCUUCAGCAAAAAUGACCAAUGAAAACAUCCAUCUCCUUCAGUGGAACCAUCGAACGAUCGAUCGAAAUUAAACGUUCUUUCUCCCCCUUUUGGCCACGUAGCGUCAUUAGCAAUCCGGAUCAGUUAUUUAUAUCACGUUUACCAACCAUCGAAAAAAAAAACAUGGACGGCUCCGGCCAUAUUCAAAUGUAA